AUGGAAACACUUGAAAGGCUACCCAACAUCAUCCGCCUCUCGGAGCGAGUUAUCCGCGUCCUCGGUCUCAACCCAAGCAAGUUCACUCUCCAAGGCACGAACACGUACUUGAUCGGAAAGGGACCCAAGAAGGUCCUCCUCGACACGGGCGAGGGAAUCCCCGAGUACAUCCCCCUCCUCCAAGAAGCCCUGGACAGGGAACAACCAGGCCCAGCAGGGGAACGCGCCACCAUCUCCAAGGUCAUCUGUUCACAUUGGCACCAUGACCACGUCGGCGGGAUCCAUGAUGUCCUCUCCUUCCUUGCCGCACGUAACAUCCAGCUGCAUAACCCACCCGCCACCGCUGCCGAUGCUGCCUCCGCCGCCGACCCUAAUACCAAGGGCUUGGUUGAUGUUGAUACCUCGAUCUCGUCGGCCCCCACGGGGGUAUUCAAGUUCCCCUGCCCAGAUCGCGAUGACCCAGAGACACGGUUUCAAACCAUUCAAGACCGAGAUGUUAUCCAAAUCGAUGACCAGACUACCUUGGUGACCCUCCACACCCCUGGUCACACGUCGGACCAUUGCAGUUUCUUUUUGAAGGAGGAGAAUACGCUGUUUACGGCGGACUGUGUCCUGGGUCAGGGGACUGCAGUCUUUGAGGACCUGGGGUCCUACAUCAGGUCGCUUGAGAAGCAGCUGAGCUUCUCUGAGGUUUCCUCUGAGGGUUCGUCGCCGAGUUAUAAGAUAUAUCCGGGUCAUGGGCCGAUUAUUGAGGACGGGCCGGCCAAGAUCCGAGAGUAUAUCAAGCAUCGGUUUGAGCGGGAGCGACAAGUCCUUGCCACCCUUUCUUCCCCCUCGACAGCAACCAGCAGCGCGAACAGUAAUGAUGAGGACGUGGUAUUAGUAAAGGCGUCUACAGGAAAGACGGCGAUGGAUAUUGUGAAGGUGAUCUAUCAAGCGUACCCGGUCAGUUUGCACCUACCGGCUCAACACCAGGUCUUGUUGCACUUGAAGAAAUUGGAGGAGGAUGGCAGGGUUAAGCGAGGAGGAGAAAGUGAUGCUGUAGAGAAUCCUGAGGAUGUUGUUUGGGAGCUUGUUCCUCCGACCCAGGCCAACCUUUGA